CAGUGGCACGGUGUGUUUUUGUCCCUCACUGCCUGACAACACCUCGUCCUGCCUGGAGCUUCCUCUGCCUGGAUUGCCACCCACUUAAACACCAUGCUGCUUCGGAAUGUCGCCCUGCUUCUCCUCUGCACGUCUGUUGCCAUGAGUGCCACUUUAGGCCACUACCUGGUUCGGCCAAAGGAGGUGGAGGUGGAGAAGACAUUGGAGGAGGACGCCCCUGUUCUAAACUCAGCUGCUGUUAGUGGUGGUGUUGUUGAAGCUGCCUCUCUGGAUGCAGCUGAAGAAGAUGUAGAUGCUGCUGCAGUGGAACAAGAGGAUGAUGCUCCUGCAGCUGAAGUGGCUGAAGAAAUACUUGCAGUUGAUCAACCAGUAGCUGACAACAAUGAAGUGGAUGUCCUCAUAGCAGAUGGAGCCACUGCUGAAGAGCCGGGGGUAGCCGGAGACACCAAUGCUGUGGAGGCCCUCACUGAGGAGGCUCUCACUCAGGAACAACCUCCCUCGCGAGACGACACUGCUGUGGAGGCCCUGGCUGAGGAGGUUGUCACCCAGGAACAACCUCCCUCGGGAGACGACACUGCUGUGGAGGCCCUCGCUGAGGAGGUUGUCACCCAGGAACAACCUCCCUCGGGAGGCGACACUGCUGUGGAGGCCCUCGCUGAGGAGGCUCUCACCCAGGAACAACCUCCCUCGGGAGACGACAUUGCUGUGGAGGCCCUCGCUGAGGAGGCUCUCACCCAGGAACAACCUCCCUUGCGGGACACCCUUGCUGUGGAGACCCUCGCUGAGGAGGCUCCGACCCAGGAACAACCUCCCUCGGGAGACGACACUGCUGUGGAGGCCCUCGCUGAGGAGGCUCUCACCCAGGAACAACCUGCCCCAGAGGAAAAGGGGAACGAGAUCACACCAGUCCAGACAAAGCCAUCCCUGGACAAACCCUUAGUUAAUGAAGAUAAAAGCAGUUGGGGCUUCAACUCGCUUAGGAGUAGUUUCCAGACGGUGCACGGAUACUUUGACUCCCUGGUGGAGCUGGUGGGGGGUCGCGAUGGUGUGUGCCAGUACCGCUGCAGACAUGGGGAUAAUCCUCAGCCUCGUGCCGGCUACCAGAUCCCGGAGCCCAAUGGCUGCAGCUCGUCUCUGGUGGGAUUCCAGGUGAAUGAUGCUCUCGACCUCGGGGUCCCAGCCAUGACAAAAUGCUGUGACCAGCUCGACAUGUGCUACGACACUUGCGGCACAAGCAAGUCCGACUGUGACGCUUUGUUUCGCUCGUGUCUGCUCGACAUCUGCUCUGACCUCAGGAAGAGCCUGGGCUUUGUGUCACAGGUACAAGCCUGUGACUCCAUGGCCGACGUCCUCCACAACACAGUGGGGACUCUGGGCUGCAGGCCCUACAUGAACAGCCAGAGGGCAGCGUGCAUCUGCAGGGACGAGGAGCGGGAUGAACUGUGAUACAGACAACUGUGGACGACCCCUGCAUGGACACUUACACGAGCAAAUAACCGGACUCAUUAGCAGCAGAUUAUUCUGGGUAUUUAUAGGUUUUCUCUUUCAAAGAGGAGAUAUUUAUCAUGAGAAAGAAUUUUAAAGAAAAAUCCCACAUGGAAAACGCUGAUGAACAGUUUCUUGGGUUUUAUUCAUAGAAAUUAAGUUUCUGGUUGUGACUAUCAGAAACUUAAUGAACCACUCAUGCAUAUUACACUCUCGAAAGUUCAUUUUCGUUUCAUUUUUAGGCCAUAUUUUGGUCUGUAUGACUCCAUUACCAUAAAUUACUCCAAACAAAUUUCCUGAUGCGGAGGAUAUUGCAGUUGGAUUAAUUUGGUCUAGACAGAAAGACACAGGAUCGUUAUUAUGGCACAUGUGGUUCAUUGUGUGUAUUGCUAUCUGACUUUUAUUACACUAGUUUGCUCAGACCUCAAAUCUAAGUCAGAAAAAAUGUGACGCCUAUUACAGUUAUACUGAGUUAAUGUAGGGUGUAAGUUAUUGUGUGUUAUUUGUUAUUUUGUAUAAAUAAAUACACGACUAAUUGCAGAUUAA